GCCUCGAUAGCUGCAGUACCAGGAAAAAUGGGAUUGACAUCGUCGAAACGAAGGAAUAUUGAAGAAGAGGAAUGGUAUCAUGGGUUACGCACUCGAGAUGAUGUUGCGUACGUGCUAUUGAAUCAUUAUGAAGAAGAAAUUGGACCCGGCUCUCAUGUUACAAAUUACCAAAAGUUACUUGAUUAUAAGAUAAACUAA